AUGAGGGACCAGGGCGCGCGGAUGGGUCGGGAGGAAGCGAAACCCACAAAAGAACUUUCUUCCUCGUUGACCGUUGACGCGACGCUGGGAUAUGGCCGUGGAGAAAGGAACGAGAUCUGCACAAUUCACCACUACUACCUAUGGAGUUCGGCACUACGCCCUAUUGGGGGGACGUUUUGGCCCUUGGGGACGUUGGAGGCUGAAACGAGUGCCCCGCCUUUCUGGACAUGCAUGUCCCUCUGCGAGAACCGAUGUUUGGAGGCCUAG